AUGAGGGGGACACCACAGACCCACCUCCUGGCCUUCUCCUUCUUCUGCCUCCUCUCAAAGGUGUGUGCCCAGCUGUGCCCGGUGCCAUGUACCUGCCCCUGGCCGCCCCCCCGAUGCCCACCGGGGGUGCCCCUGGUGCUGGACGGCUGCAGCUGCUGCCAGGUGUGUGCGCGGAGGCUGGGGGAGCCCUGCGACCAUCUCCACGUCUGCGACCGCAGUCAGGGCCUGGUCUGCCAGCCCGGGGCAGGCCCUGGUGGCCGGGGCGCCGUGUGUCUCUGGGGAGAGGAUGAUGGGAGCUGUGAGCUGAAUGGCCGUGUGUACCGGGACGGGGAGACCUUCCAGCCCCACUGCAGGAUUUGCUGCCGCUGUGAGGACGGUGGGCUCACGUGCGUGCCCCUGUGCAGCGAGGACGUCCGGCUGCCCAGCUGGGACUGCCCGUACCCCAGGAGGGUUGAGGUCCCUGGCAAGUGCUGCCUUGAGUGGGUGUGUGACCAGGGGCAGGGCCUGGGGGCCCAGCCCCUCCCGGCCCAAGGACCCCAGUUUUCUGGCGUCAUGGCGCCCCCAGCCCCUGGCAUCCCCUGUCCCGAGUGGAGCACGGCCUGGGGCCCCUGCUCCACCUCCUGCGGGCUGGGUGUGGCUACCCGGGUGUCCAACCAGAACCGCUUCUGCCGCCUAGAGAGGCAGCACCGUCUGUGCCUGGGGGGGCCCUGUCCCCCCACCAGGGGCCAUGGCCCCCCGAACAGCGCCUUUUAGAGCCAGGGUGCCCACCGUCUCCAGCAGGCAACCGUGUCUGCAGCCACGAUCCAGCAGGACCCACCAGCAGCUCUCGGAGUUCUAGAAUGUUCACCGGCCCGGGGUGACACAGCGGAGGUGCAGGUGAACCAGCUCAACCUGGGGCUGGCCCUGUUUCCAGGGUCUUCUGCUCUGUUCCCGGCCUACACACGCACUUCUCAUCACGCAGGCAAGCUGUCUAGAAAGUGGGGCAACCAUCUCCCCCUUAAUCAUUAGGCUGAGGCAGGUGCUGGCUGCCGUGGCUAUUUUGCUGGGGUGUGGUGAAGAGGGGUACACAGAUAUUUGGAAUUUCCUGCUUCUUUUCCUGCUGAGACGUAAUGUACCUGGACACUCGUCUCCGCGCGGGUCCGGUGCUCGCCGCGGCCGAGAGCGCCCUCCGCACCCAGGUCAGGCCGCAGGGGCUGAGUGCGUAAGGAUGGCCCUCUGGACACACCUGCAGCCCCGCCGGCCACUGAGUCCGCACCCAGUGGGCUCAGGCCCCACAGCGUUGUUGGCCAGAGAAAAGAGAGAGCAAGAAGGAUGCCGUCUCUGAGGAAAACAGGUCCCACCUGGAACUCUGUUUGAUGUCUCCUGAUUUAUUGUAAACACACACACACACAC